AUGGCGUUGUUAAUCAAAAAUGCACGUCCGGUCAACGAGCGAUGGCAAUGUCAAGGGCUGAUCGAAGUAGCUCCUUCGAUCAGUGCUGAGAAUGGCGUUCAAGUGUUGGACGCAACAGGAAAGUGUGAGCGGCUACCGUUCAUGGGCAAAGUCGCCGUAGACGACUUUUACCAGGGCACUCGAGCCGCUCUGGCUGGUGGAACAACAAUGGUGUGCUGUGAUUAUGCACUAUCCAUGGCAAUCACCAGUUGGAAUAAGAAUGUUGAACGAGAAAUGGAGGAAGUAGUGAAGCCAGAAUAUGGUGUGUCGGUGAACGUUAAAUAUUUCUCAAUGUUCCAGGCAGACUCCGCGAUCAGUAUGAUCACUUGUGCUCGAAUUGGAGCAUUGGCUCGGGUUCAUGCUGAAAACGGUGCCUUAGAAGCCGAAGCGACAAAUCGUGCGUGUGUGAUGGCGUCACAGGCAAACUGCCCUUUGUACGUGGUUCAUGUGAUGAGCAAAGGUGCCGCUCAAGCAAUUGCACACCAUCGUCAUAAAGCUUGCACUCAUAAAAUGCUGAUUUUCAAGGACUGGGUGCAUGCCGCUCAGUACGUCAUGUCUCCACCGUUGAGCCGAGAUCCGUCGACUCCAGAUGCUCUCAUGGAUAUGUUGGCAGCUGGUGAAUUACACUUGACCGGAACCGACAACUGCACUUUUAAUUGUCAACAAAAAUUAGUUGGCCGUGAUGAUUUCACGAAAAUUCCCAAUGGUGUGAACGGUGUCGAGGAUCGCAUGAGUGUGGUAUGGGAUCGAGGAGUUUAUACCGGAAAAAUCGAUCCAAUGCGAUUUGUACAAAUCACAAGUGGUGAACUACACCUGACCGGAACCGACAACUGCACUUUUAAUUGUCAACAAAAAUUAGUUGGCCGUGAUGAUUUCACGAAAAUUCCCAAUGGUGUGAACGGUGUCGAGGAUCGCAUGAGUGUGGUAUGGGAUCGAGGUGUUUAUACCGGAAAAAUCGAUCCAAUGCGAUUUGUACAAAUCACAAGUUCGACAGCUGCAAAAAUAUUCAACAUUUAUCCGAAAAAAGGUCGAGUCGCUGUCGGUUCAGAUGCUGACCUAGUCAUAUGGGAUCCUGAUGCGACCCGAAAAAUCUCGAAAGGACACUCAUCACCAAGAAUGGUGGUCCAUGGUGUCGCUGAAACCACAAUUUCACGAGGAAAAGUUGUUUGGUCCAACAACACGCUAACCACAGAAGCCGGCUCCGGUCGAUUUAUACCACUGGCUCCAUUUGCUCCAUACGUGUUCGCCACGAUACCACAACGAGCCAAG